CUUAUCGAAGUCUAAUGUAUUUUAUGAUUUCACAAGUUUACUGUAACUGUGGUAAGUUAUAUCUAAAUAAAAAACACUUCAGUCAUAAAGAAACUUCUGUACAUAGCACUGGUUCAAUUAUCAACUGGAAAUCUUACUUUAAUAAGACUGGUGUGCAAAUUAAUAAUUUAAAGAAAAAUCAAUUAAUAUGAAUUAUAAAUGGAACAAAUUGGCAGUUCAUAAGGAACCGCCUCAAAUACUUCGAACUAAAUUACAAUUGCCGAUAAAAACUUUAAUGAGUCCUGGACCGACUAAUUGUUCGAAACGAGUUCUUCGAUCUUUACAGAAUCAAAUUCUUGGGCAUCUUCAUCCAGAAUUUUGUAUGUUAAUGGAUGAAAUUAAGGAAGGCCUUCAAUACAUCUUUCAAACUAAUAAUAGACUCACUUUGGUACUAAGUGCAUCAGGUCAUGGAGGUAUGGAGGCUUGUUUAACAAAUUUACUCGAACCUGGUGAAACUGUACUCAUUGUCAAGUGUGGAAUUUGGGGUCAACGAGCAGCUUGUAUGGCCAAUCGACUUGGUGCAAAUGUAAAAUUACUAGAAACAGAAUACACUAAAGGAGUCACAUUGAAAGAAUUAGAAAUUGCUUUAGAACAGCAUAGACCAGUCGUAGUCUUUAUGGUCCAAGCUGAAUCUUCCACAGGUGUGAAACAACCAUUAGAAGGCUUUGGUGAAGUUAUUCAUAAAUACAAUGCUCUGCUUAUCGUUGAUGUGGUUGCAUCAUUGUGUGGCGAGCCAUUCUUUAUGGAUUCUUGGGAUAUCGAUGCAGCUUACGCGGGCAGCCAAAAAGCCAUUGGUGCCCCUCCAGGACUUGCACCUAUUUCCUUUAGUCCGCGAGCAGAAAAGAAAUUGUUUGAAAGAAAAACAAAACCCUUCUCGUUUUAUUGGGAUCUUACAAUUCUUGGAAAUUAUUGGAAAUGUUUUGGAAAUGAAGAUCGUGUAUAUCAUCACACUAUGAGUGCUACACUUCUUUAUGGUCUUCGUGAAGCAUUGGCAGAAAUCGCAGAAGAGGGUCUUCAAGCAUUAUGGAACAGACAUGCUGCCGCAGCUGUCAGAUUAAGAAAGGGUCUUGAAUUACGAGGUCUUCAAUCUUACGUAAAAAUUCCACAAUAUCAAUUAUCUACGGUUAUAUCUAUACAGUUGCCACCUGGUGUUGAUGAUAAAAUUGUUAUUCAACGAGCCAUGGAAAAAUACAAGGUUGAAAUUAGUAGAGGCUUAGGUCCAACCGUUGGAAAAGUUUUGCGGAUUGGAUUGCUAGGAGUUAACGCCACCCCCGAAAAAGUCGAUUUUGUUCUACGUGGUCUGGACGAGGGUUUGAAAUAUGCAUCGAUAUCGAAAUUAUAAAGAAAAA